UGCUUGUGAUUCACAUCAGUGUGAGCGCUGGUGAAGAUGCAGCUGUAUAUCUUGGGCAUCGUCUGCAUGCUGUUGGUAUUGGAUUUUCCAAUCAUCGGGACUGAAGUUGUUGAUUCAUUCAAUAAUUGCAGUGAGGUCUUCUUCAAAAAACAGCCUCCCAGCUUUCUGAAUGGUUCAUGCUUAACGGGUGAAGAGAGUUACAAAAUGAUCUGUCAAGUGUAUAAGAACCAUUGCAGAUUUGCAACACUUUAUGACACAAGACAUAAGAUCCCUGUUUUCUCUGCUUACAAAUACAAAGGGACAACAGAUUUUAACCUUCCAGACAACCCGCCAGCAAUGGUUGAACCUCAGCUUGAUCCUUCAAAUGAUGAGAUGGGAUUGGAAUAUGAAAAUCAAGCGAGUACAAGAGACUUUAAUAAAAGCCAUUAUGUUUACUUGUUUCCCAGCUCUCGUGCUGCUGAUAUAGACACUGCUGAAUCUACAUUCACACUUACUAAUAGUGUAACACUGAAUAUUACAACUAAUAUAAGCAUUUGGAAUGAAAUAGAAAAUGAACAUAAAACGUUCAUGGAUCAGCACUGCCGUGACAUAGACAACACUCGGAGAGUCUUGGCCUAUGUGUUUACAGGAGCUCUACUUGACAGGACAAAUAACAACACUAAACAUGUAAAAGCUCUGUCACACUUGUGGACUGCUAUUUGCUGUCAUCACAUUGAAACAAAUCAAUGGGUCUUAAAAUAUGAAGAGGUCAAAAAUGAAGAUAACAAUCUGAGGAGAUCUACUGAAGGAUUAUUCCAGAAUGAAAAUUUUAAUGCAAGCAUACAGCUGCUUUUCAAUGAAUGUAACACAUUAAAAAAAUCUGUUUUUGCAAGAAUUAGGGACUGCUUGGUGGAUUUCUGGAACAGAUUUCUUGGCUACUUGCGUAAUUUAAGGGGUGUUAGGGGCUAACAUGCUACAGUUUGUUUGCUUAACCCUAUUUACUUCCAACGAAUGUGUCAAAUUAUAACUCCAAUUGCUUUGUAUUGUAUGACCAAAAAAUACAUGUAAUAUGCUCAUAUUGCCUUGGGAAAAUUAACCUGUGACAUAAACACUGCUAUUGGAUUUAUCUGUUUCUUUUUCUGUGUAAAUGUGCAGAAAUGUAUAUGCAAACAUUAUGAAUAAUAAUGAUAUCACCUUGUAAAUGCGAAGCACUUCAAAUAUAGUCCAGUAAUCAUCUUUCUCCAUUGACAGCCAGCUCAAAAGAGUCAUGUGCAAUUGUUUUACACAAAACAUAAACUAGAAAUAAAGCAGA